AUGACAGAGCUCACCGAGGAGAAAACCGUGGACGUCCACCCGACACCCCAACCCCAAGCCCCGGAGAACCCCGGCCGCAGCAGCAGCGACAGCAGCAUUGCCGAACAUGCAGGUGUCAACGAGAAGGCGCUGCUCCGCAAACUGGAUUACCGACUUCUGCCCCCAUUGACAAUCUUGUAUCUGCUGUCGUUUCUCGAUCGGAGCAAUGUGGGUAAUGCCCGGCUGGAAGGCAUGGGUACCGAUCUCGACAUGUCAGGAGACCAGUACCUCACCGGCCUGACGCUCUACUUCAUUGGAUACGUGCUGUUCGAAGUGCCGUGCAACAUCAUCCUGAAGAAGACCACCCCGCGGACCUGGCUGCCGACGCUCACGCUGGUCUGGGGCGUCGUCGCGACGCUCUGCGGCGUGGUGCAGAAUUACGCCGGGUUUCUCGUGUCGCGACUAGCCCUCGGAAUUGCCGAGAGCGGCCUCUUCCCUGGCGUGGUCUUUUAUCUGAGUAUGUGGUACAAGCGCAACGAGCAACACUACCGCGUCGCGCUGUUUUUCAGCGCCGCCUCGCUGGCGGGGGCCUUUGGGGGGAUUCUCGCCUGGGGAAUCGCCCACAUGCGCGGCGUAGGAGGCUACAACGGCUGGCGCUGGAUCUUCAUCCUGGAAGGCCUCCUAACCAUCAUCAUGUCCCUGGCCGCCUACUUCUGGGUCUUCAACUACCCGUCGAGCGCCGAGUUCCUCACCGACCUGGAGCGAAGCUACAUCCAGCACCGGCUGAAGCACGACAGCGACGCCACGCGCCACGAGACCUUCAGCUGGGCGGCCGUAGGCCACGCCUUUUCGGACCCAAAGGUGUGGUUGUACGGGCUGGCCUUCCACACCCUAUCGCUGCCGCUGUACACGUUGUCUUUGUUUAUGCCAACAAUAAUCUCAACCCUAGGCUACACCGCCGCUCAAGCCCAACUCCUGACCGUCCCGCCCUACGCCGUCGCCUUCUGCCUAACGGUCACAACCGCCAUCCUCAGCGAACGCACCCGCCGCCGCGCCCCCUUCAUUUUAGGCAGUACAUCCCUCGCAUGUCUGGGCUACAUCCUGCUGCUGACCGACCCCCGCCCCGGUGUGUCGUAUGUGGGGACCAUCUUCGCCGCGGCGGGCAUCUACCCGGCCGUGGCGAUCGUGCUGGCCUGGCCGGCCAACAACGUGUCCGGGCAGACGAAGCGUGCCAUCGCCAACGCGCUGCAGAUCUCCAUCGGGAACCUCGGGGCCGUGCUGGGCACGCAGCUGUAUCGGACAGAAACCAAACCGCGGUAUUUCUUGGGCCAUGGGUUUGCGUUGGGGUAUCUGACGGGGAAUUUGGGGGUGGUGGGGCUGUUGUGGUGGGUUUUGAGGCGGGAGAAUUUGCGGAAGGAAAGGAAGCGAAGUGGUGGGGUUGUUGUUGCGGAUGGGUUCGAGGGGGCCGAGUUUCGUGGGGAUGAGGAUCCGAGGUGGGUGUUUCAGACUUAA